AUGAAGAAAAUAAACCUUAUAAAAGUAACAGUGCCGUACCCUGCGCGUACAUAUCCACACUAUGGCAAUCGCCCAUUUAAGACAGAUGACACCAGGCAGUGCUACGGCGAGGCAGGCUCUCACUCUUUGUAUGCAUUUGCAACAUACAUAGCUGGAGAGACACAGUUUCCUGAGUUCAGCGCGGUUCUGAUGAUGGAUGAUGUGCAGGUGGGAUACUACGAUUCCAUUAAAAAUAGAUUGAUCCACUGCAUUCAAAACACUUCACAGACGUACGAUGUAGAAGAACAAGAAGCUGGCGUUGUAUUUGGAGACACGUUUAAAGAUAUGAAGUAUCAGGCGUCAUAUCUGAGGAGUCACUUCAACGAUACAGACGGAUUUGGUGUUUAUCAGAGGAUCCUUGGAUGCGAAAUGUCGGAUAGGAAUGAGCAUGGCCAUGGACGCAUCAAGUUAUUGGAUGCCUUCAGUGGUUUUAAUCUGCAAGAACUAAAUUUGAACAUGCAACAGGGAAGUUUUCUGUGGAACACAGAAUCAGUGAUUGAGUGGAACACUGAAAUCCAAACACGUUUUAAAAGGAUGGUUGUAAAUCUUUGUCAUCCCUGCUGCAUUAAAUUUUUAAAGAAAUACCUCCAAAACGAGAAAAGAUAUUUACUGAGAAAAGUAAAACCUAGGGUCAGGCUCCUCAAGAAGACUCUCACAAACUCUGCAGAAAUUCAGAUAACCUGUGUGGCAACUGGUUUUUACCCACGUCACAUCAAUCUGACAAUACUCAGAGAUGGCCAACCUGUGGUUGAAGACCAAAUCAUUGGAGGAAUGCUUUUACCUAAUGGAGAUGGGACCUACCAGAUGAGGAAAAGUCUGGAGGUCAGUGUAGAUGAAAUAAGAGCAGGCCACAGCUACACCUGCUCAGCCAGCCACCUCAGUCUGGACAACAAGCUGGAUAUUAGUAUUGCCUCUACAUCUCUGCCCAUGGUGAUCUCGGUCUUGGUCUUGGUCUCGGUGUUGAUGAUACCCAUCUUUGGUUACAAUGUAUGGAGGCGAUGUGCAGGUGCCAAGCAACGGUGUGGCUUUGGAUAUGCUGCUGCUUCAAGUGAGUGCAUGGGGUUUUAG